GGGGAGCUGAUCCAGCCGUCGGUGAGCGAGCUGUCCCGGGCCGUGCGGACCAACAUCCUGUGCACUGUGCGCGGGUGCGGCAAGAUCCUGCCCAACAGCCCCGCGCUCAACAUGCACCUGGUCAAGAGCCACCGCCUGCAGCUCAUAUGCAGUCGCCAUCACCCACCUUCAUCCCAUAGCUAAGGCAGACAUUACAUCUCUGAGCACAAAUGAAGCUGCCAGUCUAAUGAGGACCGUCCUUGUGUGGGCUGAACAUCACUGUAGGAAGCACGUCUUAACACUUUAUAUUGUUCUUUUCUUUGGAAUUGCUGUCUGGAGCUCUACAUCUCUCAAGACUUUAUGAAGCAUCUGUUUAGCAUGAGGAUAGCACUUACUCUCCAGGAUUUUGAUAGUAUGUAUACAAAAAUAUUCACAUCAAAAUUUCCUGAGAUGUUAACAACUUGAGGUUUAGCAGUAAACUGUCUCAUACUCGCACAUUCUCUCCUUUGUCGCCUGAGAGACCCAUGACUGAUGAUUCAGGUAUCAACAUGAAAGGGUUGUCGAGAACCGAAGUUUUGUUUGACAAUCGAGACAUUUUUUCAUGAAAAUUUGGUCAAGAACCGAAUUGUUCAAGAUGGGAGACAUUCGAGAACUGAGGAUGGCAUAGUAAAUCCAACAAUAAGAAAAGAUUUGAAAACUGAACCAAAAUUCUACUGUUGUCCAAUUGAAGGAUGUCCUAGAGGUCCUUACAGGCCAUUUUCUCAAUUUUCUCUCGUAAAACAGCACUUUAUGAAAAUGCACGCUGAAAAGAAGCAUAAAUGUAGUAAGUGCAGCAAUUCAUACGGCACUAAAUGGGACUUAAAAAGACAUGCAGAGUAUUGUGGCAAGACCUUCCAGUGCACAUGUGGCUGUCCCUAUGCAAGUAGAACUUCAUUACAGUCCCACAUCUACCGAACUGGCCAUGAGAUUCCUGCAGAGCACAGAGAUCCACCUGGUAAGAAAAGAAAAAUGGAAAACUGCCUGCACAACCAGAAGUUGUCCAAUAAAACCAUUGAAUCCUUGAGCAAUCAACCAACCCCAAGACCAGACACUCAAGAAUUAGAAACUUCAGAAAUAAAGCUAGUCGCUUCUUUUGAAGAUUCUUGUGGCUCUAAUGCCAGAAAGCAGACUCUUACGACAGCACCAAAAUAUCCUCAGAAAUUGCUUUUACCAAAGCCCAAAGUGGCUUUGGUUAAACUACCUGUUAUGCAGUUUUCUCCUAUGCCUGUCUUUGUGCCUACAGCUGACUCCUCGGCCCAGCCUGUGGUGUUAGGUGUUGAUCAUCAGGGCUCUGCCUCCGGUGCUGUGCACUUACUGCCCUUGUCAGUAGGAACUCUGAUUCUUGGCCUUGAUUCAGAAGCCUGCUCUCUUAAGGAGAGCCUUCCUCUUUCAAAAAUUAUAAAUCCUGUUGCUGUUGAGCCAAUUAGUACAGGUGUUCAAGUGAACUUGAGUAAAAAUCCAUCUAAUCCUUCCCAAGAACUAGGGAAUGCAUGUCAAAAGAACAGCAUUUCUUCAAUCAAUGUACAGACAGAUUUGUCUUACGCCACACAACACUUUAUACCUUCUGCACAGUGGGUCAGCCCUGAUUCCUCUGUAUCGUCUUGUUCUCAAACUGAUUUGACUUUUGGUUCUCAAGUUUCCCUUCCCAUUAGUGUUCAUACCCAAACAUUUUUGCCCAGUUCUAAGGCAACUUCAUCUAUAGCUGCUCAGACUGAUGCGUUUUUAGAUGCUUCUUUCCAGGCAGGUGGAAUCUCCAGAGAAACUCAAACCAGUGGAAUGGGAAGUCCAACAGAUGACCGAGUACAAAUGGACCAAGCUGUAAUGUGCGGAGACAUUUUUGAGAGUGUCCAUUCAUCAUACAGUAUUUCUACAGACAAUAUUAUAAGCAGCAGCUUAGUAGGAGAGACUGUUACUCAUGGUUUGUUACCUCAGAACCACCCUAAGACUUUAAGUCAAGAUAUUGAGAAAACUGCACCAGUUAUAAACUUCAGUGCACAGAACAGUAUGCUUCCUUCACAGAACAUGACAGAUAAUCAGACCCAAACUAUAGAUUUAUUAAGUGAUUUAGAAAACAUUUUAUCCAGUAAUCUGCCUGGGCAGACACUGGACAAUCGUAGUCUUCUGUCUGACACCAACACUGGACCUGAUACCCAGCUCCCAUCUGGUCCAGCCCAGAAUCCUGCAAUUGAUUUUGAUAUCGAAGAGUUCUUUUCGGCCUCAAAUAUUCAAACUCAAACUGAAGAGAGUGGGCUUAGCAGCAUGACCACUGAGCCGGUCUUAGAAUCACUGGACAUAGAGACCCAAACUGACUUCCUACUUGCAGACACCUCUGCCCAGCCGUACAGUUAUAGGGGAAAUUCUAAUUUCUUAGGCCUUGAAAUGUUUGACACACAGACACAGACAGAUUUAAACUUCUUUUUAGAUAGUAGCCCUCAUCUGCCUCUGGGAAGUAUUCUGAAACACUCCAGCUUUUCCAUGAGUACUGAUUCAUCUGACACCGAGACCCAAACUGAAGGGAUCUCUGCUGCUAAAAACAUCUCUGCUCUAGAAAGCAAGGUUCAGUUAAAUAGCACAGAAACACAGACCAUGCAUUCUGGCUUUGAAACCCUGGGGAGCUUGUUCUUCACCAGCAAUGAAACUCAAACAGCAAUGGAUGACUUUCUUCUUGCUGAUUUGGCCUGGAACACGAUGGAAUCUCAGUUCAGCUCUGUAGAAACCCAAACAUGUGCAGAACCACACACAGUCUCCAACUUCUAAAAGUGAAGUCCAUGUGUGGAACGGCAUUUACAAUUUCCUUGAUUUAGAAAAUGAAGAGGAGACAACAGUAUUAACUCUAUUGAAUGUAGUUAAUAUGCAGUUGCUUCUGUUCUUUGAGGUUCUUUGCCUUUUGUACUUGUAAACAUGAAAUUUGUGUAUAAAUGUGAGUGUAUUAUAAAGUGAAGAUGUUGACCUAAAAAGGAUUGUAUUGUGUUGCCUACAUUUGCCCUUUCACAGCUAGUGGUUCCAUCUUAAAAAAAAGGGGGGGGGGGGGCCAUUUCACACCUUUAAAACCCAUCAAGUCAUUUAGCUAAAGCCAAGCUUACCAGGUACUAGGGUACAGACUUUUCAAAUCUCCAAAAUAAUUUAGUCAAAGUGUGACUUGCUUAAAUCGCACCUAAAAUAUUUUUGACAAUGCUUGUUAGAAAUUCCUUUUCCUGAUAGUAAUACCUAAAGAAAUUUGAUGCUGCACCAUCAGGUUUAAACACCUAUGCAUAGAUGGUUUGAGACUCCUACUGUCCGCAGCUUCAGCUGCGUUGACAUCUAUCUCUUCUGCAUUGCAGACACAAAAGAAAACUACAUCUGCCUUUAGCUUUUCAUGUCAUUGUCAUCCCUUCUCUACAUGAACUACUAUUGAUACCAAUGUAAGCGUACAGACGUAUUGUAAAAUUACUGCUUAAGGUAGUAGUGGCAAGUACUUAGUGUAAAUAGUGUUCCUUCUAGUCAUGGAAUCAUGCCUAUUAGCCCAUACCGAGUGUGCCCUACAAACAUCCCUCCCAUUCUCUACAGUAGGCCAGGGUGGUGCUCAGAGCUGUUUGGCUCUUUGUCAAAGUGCACAGGCUGGAUCUGAGUUGUGUCACUCUAAAUAUAUAUAUAUGUAUAUGACACUCCCCCUAGGUUUCAAUUCAUAGCAUUAUCUUGAAAGAGAAGAGUGCAAUCAAUAAUUAUAUUAAAGUGACUCUUCACCUCUCAUCUUUUCCUUGAAUAAGGAAAGACAUUAAUCUAGCAAGGAUAUUAUUUGUGCCUUGAGGAUAACGAUUACAUAAUAGAUCCAGCUUCUGCAUGUUGUUGCUUCAUUUGUUUAGAAAAGGUAAUACUAGCCAGUCUUCAAAGAAAACUACGUUGAAGACUGCUUCAAUAAUCAUCUAUUUUGAGAUGGGAGCAUGGUCAAGGAUGCUUUGGGGAUUUUCUAUAUUUAGGAGAUCCUGAAUUCUUGAUUGUUGGCCAACUUUCAGGCAAAUAAAAAUCAGUGCAGCCAGUAGGUUUUCUAACUUCACCAAAAAAAAAAAUAAACAAAUGCUCUGUUCCUUCUGUGACACAUGCUUGUGCCGCUGAAGGUUAAAUCCUCAAAAUGAAACCUAAGGAAGAGACUAAUAAUUCAUUAAGUUGUGUUGCUAAUUCCUAUUUCAUAGAAUUUUUGUUCGCUGUGGAUAAAAAACAUCCUGAGCUCCACCCGGUAGAUAAAAGUUUGCUUUGGUCACAGUUGCCUAUGAAUAUGAAUUUCAAAACAAGCAUAAGCCUUAAUUAACAUUUCAUUGUUUUAGAAUCAUCACUGCCUUAAUGUUCAAACACCUAUUUAAGUCCUAGUAAAGAAGAAAUGCAUGUUUGUUUAUGGCUUUUGUAAAUAUAAAUGCAGUGAUCUAUGGCUUUAAAUUUUUUUUUGUUUCUGUGACAGUAUUUGUUAAUCUAGCCAAUAGAGUUAUUUAUAGAAAAUGGAGCAUGUAAUAGUUCAUGUAUAAGUAAGCACUGUUUCCCCAAAACCUUAGUUACCUGACUUGUUCUAAGAAUUUGUAAAAACUCAAAUUCAGUGAUUAAACAGAAGUAAGAAUUC